GUAGAAUUCAAAUCUGACAAGGUCAUGCCGGCUUGACUUCCUCCUAUACUACUAUCAAUUACCAAAAACACUGAAGCUUGAUGCCUUUUUCAAGGGUACGAGGACAAAACAAGGGAGUGGUCCUGUCCCAGUAGACCAUAACAAUGCAACAUUGAUCACACGCAUUGAUUUCCAGCUGUUUCAUUUCGAUCGCUGUCCAUACUGCAGGACACGCUCCCCUCAGCCAGGAUAGAAGUUUGUGUAUGCAGCACAAACCCAACACACAAUCAGCUGUUUCUUUUGGGACGCCAGGAUCUCUGCGACCCGAAUGCAUUUCAGACUGGACAAAAGCCACUCGUGGCUCCAUAAAUCACGGAUGAAGCAAUCUGAGACGUGUUGGAGUCGCCUGACCUCUUGAUGUCUGUGUCAGCACAUAUGCAAAUGCUUAUUUAUACCGGGGGAUUUGGCAGGAGAGAGGUACUGCGGCAGCUCAGGUGAUGACUGGGGCUUUUAUGUUCGCAACCGGUCUGGAGGCUCAGCUGGCAUGGAGCCUCUCAGCCUGCAGGUGCUGGUGGUUGUAACAUGGAGCUUCCUGGGCUUCCAGUGGCUGUUCCAUAGAGGUAGCCCUUGGGUGUCUCAGCACCUCUCCAAAGGCUUCCUCGGGCUCAGCCCUACACAAAGGACGGAGUGGAACUCCAGGACCGUCUCAACAGUGCACGCCCUGGUUGUGGGACUUUUCUGCCUCUACAUAUAUAUCUUUGAUGAACCUAUCCAGAAAGACCCAGUCUGGGGAGAUGCCACACUGGUGAAACUAAAUGUGGCCAUUACCUCAGGCUACCUCAUCUCUGAUCUCCUGCUCAUGUUUACUUCAUGGGAGUCAAUUGGAGAGAAAUACUUUGUCAUACAUCAUUUUGCUGCUCUCUAUGCAUACUACUAUGUGCUGAGUCAAGGGAUAUUGCCUUACUUUGCUAAUUUCCGUCUGCUCUCAGAAUUCUCCACCCCCUUUGUCAACCAGCGUUGGUUUUUUCACAUGUUGGGCUACCACAAACUUUCCAAACCGAGUUUGGUUAAUGGUGUUGCCAUGGCAUUUGCAUUCUUCUUGGUGAGGAUCGCAGUCAUUCCAGGCUACUACAGCCAUAUGUACUCGGUCUUUGGCACAGAUGACUUCUACAAGUUACCUCUGGGAGGCCGCAGUGCCUGGGUUAUUUCUAGCGUGUCUUUGGAUGUUAUGAACCUCAUGUGGAUGCGCAGAAUCAUCCGUGGAUGUCUCAAAGUCCUUCACUCAGCCUGGUCGAGAAAAGCAGGAACUGAGAUGGAAACUAGAAAGACAGACUGACAUGACAUGGAGAUACAAACAGAAACUGAAUACAUCAGCACACAAACCAUCCAUCUAGUAUCAUGUCCUAUGCUGGAGUGCAUAUGUUUGUAUUACUUCCUGCUGCUGUAAUGCCGUGACAGCAGUUUUGAGUUUCAAACCAACAAAUCGAGAGCUUAGAAAGCCAGUCGUUGUAUUAAUGAUGACUUACAUGAUGUCAUCUUCAAAUAUGGACUCAACUGGAGGAAUUAAAUCACAAACGCUCUUUCAGUUUAAAAAAAUCAGGUGAUUAAGUGGCAAGAGUCUGAUCAAAUAUACAAUCAGGACAAUAGUUGUGGUUGCACUAUUUAUUAUAAAGCUGCUAUUAAGAUCAACCAACUUGCCUUUAUCAAUGCAAUCAACAAAGCGACAGCACAUCUGAACUUCCACAAGGAUUCACAGUGUGUGUCUGUAGACCACGAUAAACAACUUUUUGACUACAAUAUGGAUAAGGUUAUAUAUAGAGAGAAAUAUAUGACAUUAUAAAUGUAUAGUGGAAAUGUGGGUUACAUGUAUAGGUGAAAGUUCCUGGUUUUGCAGGAUUUGUACUCGAGAAACCAUGCAUGUCUGCGUAUAAUUAUUGCAUAUAUGGAGAGUAUUAUGUAUGUCUGGAAUGGAAAACAUCAGGUGGGACUAUGUU